CUCGUCUUUCAACGUUAAAGGUUCAGUGGAAGCUAGCGGUAAACCUGUUGUUAGACAAUUUUUACCGUCUUCCCAUUUACCCAACAAAGAAACAAACAAAAGAUUGACACUCUUAUAAAUACAAUGUUCACCUGACCCGCCCGAGUAAUGUAAAAUCAAAUGAAAGAAUCUGAUAAAGUGUAGACCCCACACCGACCAAUCAACGCUCGGCUCUCAACGCUAAAGGUUCCGGGAGCGACUGGAUGUAAACAAUCAUCUGACAGAUAUUUUAAUAGAUGUCUGAAAAUGGUACACAUGUUGACGUGCAUCCAACAACGCAGAAUCCCACUGCAGCAUGGGAGCAGCUUAAAAAAACACAGCGAGUCUUUAAACUCAAUGUCAAGUCGCCGACUACACCACCGGAAGAAAAAAUGGAGGUGGUCUUAUAAACGAAAUACCUGAUCUGGGAAUGAAGCGUGAAGAACUCAAGGCUGCAGUUUCAGAACCUAACACCCUACAACUUAUCACAAAUGCCACAUACCUACAAGAUGAACCAUUAACUAUAUCAGGAAUAAAACUUUAUGGGACCCCAUGGCAACCCGAAUAUUGCAAUUGGGCAUUUAAUCUCCCUAGGGGAACACAAUGUCUAGAAAAAUGGAACUGCAUUCCAAGUGAUACAGAUGUUCUUAUAACGCACACACCACCAGUUGGUCAUGGUGAUCUCUGUUGUACUGGAGUAAGGGCAGGUUGUGUAGAACUCUUAACAACAGUUCAAACAAGAGUUCGACCAAAAUAUCAUGUAUUUGGUCAUAUUCAUGAAGGUUAUGGUAUCACCAGUGAUGGAAAGAUUAUCUUCAUUAAUGCCUCAACUUGUAAUAUUAAUUAUGUACCAAUAAACCCGCCUAUAGUGUUUGAUGUUCCCAUUCCACCAGAGUUUUCAAAAUGACUACAGACUGAUGUAGUUUCUUGAUAUCAGGCAUCAGUGUGCUUUAGCACAGAAUUUUCAUAAUGCUCAUGUUCGAUGUAUGUACGUAUCUUUAUUUAUCAUGCAAUAAAUUAUCUAAAAGA